AUGAAUGGGAUGGUCAGCGACAGCAAGAAUGGCGAGCGCUGGGCGGUGACGAUGCGUGAUGCAGUAGUUGGUGGUGAUGGCGUGAGAAAAACGAUGUGCUUGUCGAGGACUAGCUUUUCUCGUCGAAACGCGUCGAUUGGCUCUGGGCUUUCCGCUAUCGACGGUUUGUUUCGCGGCCGCAGUGAGAAUGGAAGAAAGAGAUGUGGAGGCGGCGGUCGUGGGCAGAUAUUGCGCAGUGACGAGCCAAAAUAUGGACGGAGGGAAGUUGAAGUGGUUAAGAUGAAGAGUUUCUCGCAGCCGCUUGAUCUCGGGCGUGAUGGACAUGCACGAAAAUAA